UGUCCACAUUCUCCAUGUGAUUCUACCAAGCAAAGCCCCGUCCCUCAGGAGGAGGAUAUUUGUCUCUGACUCCCCCGAGGAUGUUAUCCCUCAAGUCCCCACUUCCUGGGCCUCCACUGUGUGCCCACCUUUGUUUUGGGCAAUGCAGGGUCCCCAGAAAGAGGACAGCUGAUAUUUGAAUAGUUCCCAGUGGUAGCCCCUGGGGAAUCCCGGGCCUGCCUCAGUUUGGGCAUUCCUAGGCUAGCCAGGGCCCGCCCAAUGCUGAGUCUCCAGCCAGAGUCCCAGAAACUCCCCUAGCUGGUUUUGUGGUGAGAGGACCACAGGGAAACAAUUAACAUACACAGUGGCCCAACCACAUCAGCCCAGCCCCACCUGACUCUGGAAUAAAGGGGAGACAGACCCACUCUGCAGGACUCAGCCACUGAUACCAGGGGAAGAAAAAGGACACCUCUCUGCCAACACAGGCCUGUCUCCUUCCUGAAUUACCAAGGUGCUUCACUGAGGUGAAGAGGGUAUAAACCCUGAAAGCCAAAACCACUCAACGAUGGUCCAAGGUGUCCUCUGGAUUCUGCUUGGACUGCUGCUGUGGCCAGAGCCAGGGACAGCUUCUAUGCCCCUCCUUAUGGACUCUGUCAUCCAGGCCCUGGCUGAGCUUGAGCAGAAGGCACCAGCAACCAACACUAGCUAUGUCAUCUCUGCAAGGCUGCUGUCAGCCCAGAGCUCUGGCCCCCACAAUCACCUCCAUCACUUCCUACUUGGAGCACAAAGCCUCAACACUGACAAGCUGGAUACCUACACACUGAGCCCAGGGCUGCAAUUCCUGACCAAGGAGGUAGCCCAACAUGCUGUACGGGGUGGGCAGGAAUAUGGGGUGGUGCUGGCACCAGAUGGCUCAACUGUGGCUGUGGAGCCCCUGUUGGUGGGGCUGGAGGCAGGGCUACAGGGACACAGGGUCAUAAACUUGCCCUUGGACAGCACAGAUGCCCCUCAGGAUGUUGAAGCCACUGCUCCAGAUACUGAACCCAACAUUCCAGAUGUAAUAGCCACCUCCUCAGGACUUGGAGAUUCCUCUCCAGGUGUCACCUCUACAGAUGUUGAAGCCAACCCUCUAGAUGCUAUAACUAGUUUUCUAGAUGUCCCAACAUCCUUGUCAAAUGCCAAAACCAAGUCUCCAACCACUAUAGACAGCCUCCUAGCAGUCAUCGUGGCUGAAAACCUGGGUAUGACCUUUAUCCAAGGCCCCCAGAUCCAGAGCCAUCCAGGUUUGGGGGCUGAGGGUUGCUGGGACCAGCUCUCUGCCCCACGGACCUUUACACUCCUGGACCCCAAGGCAUCAGUGCUCACCAUGGCCUUCCUCAAUGGUGCCCUGGAUGGGGCCCUCCUUGGAUACUACCUGAGCCAGACCCCCGAGCCCCGGCCACCUCUCAGCAGCUUGCUGAGCCAGUACUAUGGAGCUGGGGUGGCUGGACAUCCAGGGCUCCGCAGUAACUUCCGACGGCAGAAUGGAGCUGCUCUAACUUCAGCCACCACCCUGGCCCAGCAGGUGUGGAGAGCCCUUGCCCUGCUACAGAAGUUGAGGCCAAUACACCCCCAACUGCAAGAUAUGAGCCAAGAACAGCUGGCUCAGGUGGCCACCUAUGCUACCCAGGAGUUCACUGAGGUCUUCCUAGGAUGCCCAGCCAUCCACCCCCGCUGCCGUUGGGGAGCGGAGCCAUAUCGGGGCAGCCCAACGCCGCUGAAGCUGCCGCUCGGCUUCCUGUAUGUGCAUCACACGUACAUUCCUGCAUCUCCCUGUACAGACUUGGUGCGCUGCGCAGCCAGCAUGCGCUCCAUGCAGCGCUUCCACCAGAACACUCACGGCUGGGAUGACAUCGGCUACAGCUUCGUGGUGGGCUCUGAUGGCUAUGUGUACGAGGGCCGCGGCUGGCACUGGGUAGGCGCGCAUACGCGCGGCCACAACACCCGCGGCUUCGGUGUGGCCUUCGUAGGCAACUACACGGCGGCGCUGCCCACCGAGGCCGCGCUGCGCACGGUGCGUGAUCUGCUCCCAAGAUGCGCGGUGCGCGCCGGCCUACUGCGGCCAGACUACGCGCUGCUGGGCCACCGCCAGCUGGUGCGCACCCACUGUCCUGGCGACGCGCUUUUCCGCCUGUUGAGCACCUGGCCACACUUCUCUGCAACUGUGAAGCCAAGAACUGAAGGAUGACUCUCAGAGGUCCAGGAGGGAGCCGCCCACACUGAUCCUAGAAGCCACAGACCUCUAAUAAAGAGACCAUGGAAACAAA